AUGGUCCUAGAAAACACUCAAACAGACCCCAUCCCCCCUUCGGGCGCUGAAGCAACCAACGACAGUGACAGCACCCCAAACACAAAAUACCAGUACCACUCGCUCUACAUAAAACGCGACCUCAUCGCCAACCCGGACCCGUUCACUCUCUACUUCGGAUUCUUCGGACGGUGGAACUAUGACCGAAAAGUAACCGCCAAUGUACUCCGUCGAGUCGAAAACGCCCGGGUGCUAAUCCAGCGCCUCCCCACACAAGACGAACUAGAUGCGAUGGUAACACACAGCAGUCGCAGUUUAUACCAGGAGCGGAUCGGCGCGCCAUUGGGAUUCCUUGGCGGAUCAACGCUUCUGUGGAUGCAGGCCAAGAAAUCGGAGUUGUAUCCAACUUAUUUCCCCAAGCCUUCGGGUCCGGAGGGGAAGAUGCCGUCCCCCACGGAGAUUCUGCAGGCCGCGAAGAGGUUUAUCGUUGCUGAGCCGACUGUGGCGAGACGGGCGGUUUUUGUGACGGGUUUCAAAUUGUUGUUCUAUAGUGUGGCGGGCGCGACGUUGUCGAGUGUUUAUGCGGUUUAUAAGGAGACGAGGAAUACGAUGGCGGAUUCGCGAUUGAAGGAGUUCUUGGCGGAUUUGAAAAAGCAGAAUCCCGAGGAGAUAAGAAGAAGGCAGAUGGAGUCCAGGGGGCGGAGAUCGAUGGGUGAGCAACAGGGAGUUGUCGAGAUGGAUCACGGUGGUGAUUAUGCUUCGGAGUAUUCUGGUGGCGACGUCCAAUCUACGGCGGUAUCUGUCGCUGAUCGUCGCCCGGUAUUAGAACCUGUUGGUGGUGGUGGUGGUGGAUUGGGUGCCGAUCACGGCCGUGGAGGAGAUUUCUUCGAUGAGGAUGAUGCUAGCCCCACGGCACCUGAGUAUAGAACCAAUAGGGGCACACAGGCUGGUUACUCUCAGGGAGGUGCUUGGGAGCGGAUUCGACAACAGAAUGCUUCCGCACCUGCUCAGUCUAGCCGUCAGGAUACAUCCGGCCAGCAGCCACAGUGGGACUCGUGGAGCCCCUCAUCAUCAGAGAGUGACAAGCAGCGGGAGCGGGAGCAAGCUCGUGCUGAAUUUGAGCGAUUAUUGGACGCAGAAAGGAAUAUUGGACAAGAGUCGGCGGGCGAAGGGCGCAAUAGAGGUUGGGGAAAGUGGAAUUGA